CCUCCUCGUCUCCCUCUCCCUCCUGUAUUCCUCCUUGCUUCCUCCCGCCCCCGCCGCGCGCUCUCAGAUCCACCGUUUCGUAUUUUCGUUCCUCGGCUCGCGGUUUCUUCUUCCCCUUGUUUCGGAGUUCGGUGGAGGGGAGGGGAGGGGAGAACCCUAGGCGGCGGCGGCGCGGCCAUGGAGACGGAGCCGUUCGACGAGGCGGAGCUCCUCGCGCUCCCGGCUUCCCCCGUCGCCUCGCCUCCCCGCCGGCUUAAGCGGCUGAAGAAGUCUUCGGAGAUCGCCGCCGCCGCUGCCGCUCAACCAGCCGGGUCCCCACCUCCACCAUCACCGCCACCGCUGCCGGUGCCGCAGACUCUGUCGGGCGAGGAAACCCUAGCCCAGUUCCCUUCCCCUCCCACUAAUCCCUCCCCGCCGCCGCUCGACGCGGAUGCGGAAGCUCCCUCCCCGGUGCUGUCGUCUCCUCCGAACCCGAGCUCCUCGCCGCUGCUACCGCCCGACACCGCAGAGGAGGAAGACGAGGAGGAGGAGGAUGACGGGCUGGACCCGCUGUUCCCCGAGACCUGCGGCGCCGCGGGGUGGGACCCGCUGGGGAUGCCGACGAUGGAAGGGGAGGGCGACGAGGAGGAGAUGUUGGGUGGAGGGCUCAUCGAGGAGCUGCGCAGGGAGAAGUCGGCGAAGAAGCGCCUCGACAUGGACGAGGGAGAAGAAGGCGGCGAAAUGGCCAUGGAGGCCGCGGUCAAGGGGAAGCGGAGCAAGAGGAGGAAGAAGGAGGAGGCGUCCAUGGAGUCGGCCCGAGGGAAGAAAUUCUCAGAGAAGGAGAGGAGGUUGCAGCUUGAUUCAAUCCAUGCCGAGUCGCAGAGGUUACUGCGAGAGACGAGGAGUGCAUCAUUUAAACCGAGUGCGCAGCCAGUAUAUAAGCCCAUCUCGUCAGUCCUGGAGAAGAUCCGACUUCGGAAACUAGAGAUUCUAAAGAAGUCAGUCACUCUCAAUGAAGAAGAAGAUGAUGAUGAUGAUGCCUCUUCAGAGCCUGUGAGUGAGGAUUUAGGCGCACCUCAGGUUAAGGAAGUGGGAGCAGAUGGCAAAGGCCCGAAGAUUGACGAUGUUGACAAUGAGGGUGGAAUGAAUUGCGGUGACCUGAACCAGUGUGACAGUGCACCUGAGAACAAGGAUGAUUGUGAUAAGGAUCUUGAUAACUGUGGUAGCAAAGAACCAGAUAAGGAACUCUUGGACAUUUCUCAAGAUAAUCUUGAGGACAAGGCCCAAUCGAAUGACAUUCCCAAUAAUGCAGCAGAUGAAACACAAUUACCCCCCUCUUCAAGCCCUACUGAGAGUACAGAUGACAUUUUAUCAGAAGAAGAAUACGAUGAUAAGGAGAACAUUGAUCCUAGCACUCAGAAAGAUGAUGUGAAUAUUCAAGAACCACUCCAAAGAGCUAUAGCAGGAGAUUCAUGCCCAGGUGAUGCUAUCUUGAGAGAUUUUCUAGAUGUUGAAGCUGAGGAAGAGGAUGAUAGUGACGAUGACAUGAUGAGGUUUAAGGACAUUGAAGAAGAUGAUGGAAGUGAUGAAAAUGAAGUAUUGAACGAUCUAAUAGAAGCUGGUUAUGAAGAAGGAGAAAUAGAUAAUGAGAAACGCAAUGCGCUCCACCAAAAGUGGCUUCAGCAGCAAGAUGCUGCUGAAACAAAUAAAUUUAUGCAAAAGCUGAAAUUUGGUCAUCAGGAGCAGAAGAAAACAAUUGAUCAAGAUGAGGAUGAUGCUGAAGAUUGUGAAGAUGAAUCAGAAAAUGAAAUGUCAUAUGAUUUAACUCCAACAAAUGUUGUGCGGCAGAAUUCUGAAAAAGCAAAACAAAUGAUUGCGAGAAUGUUCACAGACGAAAAUGAUACUUAUGAGCACUCCGACGAUGAGGAAAUAGAAGAACAUUUGGCCCGCCAACGUAUCUCAAAGAGAGAAGUUCGUAAUAGUUCAUUCAUAUCUCCAUUGGAGGAUGACAGCUCAAGGGAAGUGUUUAGUCUGAUAAAGAAGCUCAAUAUUGCUCCUCAACCCAAGAGGAGGGGAAAGCAAGUCACAUCAAAUCAUGAAUUGCUUAUAGUUGGGAGGGAUGGCAGCGCUUCUUCAAAGUCAUCUUUUCUCGGUCGAACAGCCAGUGGUUCCUUGGCAUCUUCCCACAGAUCGACUUAUAGAACAUAUGUAUUUGGUCGUGACGACAGCAAUAGCAGCAGCAAGAGCUGCUUAUCUACAUCCGAGAGCACUGCAGAUAUGGAUCAGACGAAUUCCAGCCAACCAAAGAAAGCAAAGUUCAGCAGUUCACAGCCAAAGCAAGCAUCAACAAAACCUAAUCCCGAGGGAGAUACGAGUUCAGGCGUUUCUCUGAUUGAUGUGCUGCGCAGAUCAUCUGCUACUUCAGACAAACAAGAGUACAAUACCCGUCAGGAGAGCUGUGUUAUCACAGAAAGCCAGGCAGCGCACCAGUUCUCAGCAUUUAAAUUAUCAAGGAGGUUUUCCAGAGUCGGAGCAAGAAACUGAUAUGACCCCUUCCUCUCAUGCCGUUCAUAAAAAAAAGAGAGUGAAAUUCACCAGUGCUUUUUUCCAUUUCCUUGAGUGCCUCUUAAAUUAAGUGCUGUUUGCGUCUUGCUUGUGCUAUGUAAAAUUGUUUAUAUCUGGUUUUUCAUAUGGCCUCGACUCCAGAACCAUUUUUACACCCUUUAUUCAGUUCAUCAGUUUAUACAAACAAUAUCUCUUUUAACCAUU